AUGCUUUCGAGCUCCUUCAAGUUUGGGAAUGCGACUAGCGUUCACAUCCGCAUAGCGGCUUGUUGGAACAGUACGGUUGCCCAUGCAGCGCGCAAAGUUCAUCCUAUCGCGCAGCUCAAUAUCGAUCUCGGCAACGAACUUAAGAAACAGCACAACGCGUCAGCAGCUUUCAAUCUGCUCAAAAAUGAAGUUUAUGAGGUCUCUCAAAAUCUCAAUGACUCCAGGUUUACGUUGCAGAAGUCUUUUGGACUCAAUUCCGUUCUGAAGCAGCUUCUGCAGGCGUCAAGAUCAGAGCUUAGCACUACCAAAAACUCUACCGACUCUACCGGUCCGCUCCCACCAAAUCCGUACGAGAUUUUGACACUAUUGUGCCAAUAUGGACUAGCCCGUGAUCUUCAUUUUCAAGUGGUCUUCGAGCACUUGAUAGCGUCAAAUGCUCCUCAAGAUAUUCUAGGACUAUGGGUGAAAUAUCUCGAAACCUUGGCCGAAAACACCAGAACUAUAACAUAUGGGUCUCAUCAUGAAAAUAACUUGGCAUUAGCAUCCAUUGGCUACCUCAUGGUUCCAGAUAACACACCUCGUCUAUCAGAAUUGACGCAGAUUCUGAACAUAGGUGACACACCCGAAAAAAUGCAAAUGUCCAGACUAAGAUAUUUGCUUGAUACCUCAAAAAUGGAUUCUUCUUCACGCAAAAGUGCGAAGGAGAACUAUCUACGCUUACUCUUGGAUUUCGCCCAGACCUGCUCCCCCGAGUUCAAGAAACAGCUUAAGGAACUCGAAAUAGUUCAGGAUGUACAGAGCCUUUUUCAAAGUCUUUCAAGUGCUUCGAAGUUAUCGGAGCAGCCUCUGCGUAGUGACAUUAUUUCUGCCUUCAUGAUCAAAUUUACCGAACUGAAAAAACCACAGCAAGCUCUUCAUUGUUUCAAUUUGAGUAAGCAAUCCGGUACUCUUGAUGACGCUGUUAAAAAUGCACUACUGGUUGUGAUUGCCAACAUUCCGGUAUACGGAAAAGAUGUUCGUGAGCAAAAGGCGAAACGCAUAGAAGCGGUUUGGAACACAUAUUUUGCCAAUGUCUCCGAUUCAAUCAAAGUAGAUUCGUACAUUGCAUUGGUAAGAGCUUUAGGAGAGAGUAGAAACUUUCAUCAAUUGCAACAACUUUGGAUCAAUGAGAUCCCUACCGCCUUGAAAACGGAACAACGCCUUACCGAAGAAUAUCUGUUUUUCCAAUCUUUCAGAAAAGAAUUCACUCUUGAGGGAAUCACUGGCGAAUUACCAGCAAAGAUAAUCUCUCUUGAACUCGCUAAUCGAGUCCUUCGAAAAAUGCUUGAGGAGAAGUUCCCUGAAAAAGCGGUUGAUCAGUUUUAUCGCGAACAGUUCACAGACCCAGGUGCCCUGUUAAAGCCUAACAGUACAACUCUGGCGCUAAAAAUGUAUGCGAAUUACCUAUACACCAAAGACCAAGAAUUUCAAUUUUUCAAGAGCAUCUCAAAGAGCAAAAACGAUGUCAACGCCACUACUGAAGUCUUUAAGCAAUUCACUGAGGUUUGCCCUGAUAUUGAGGUCGUACGGAAGGCGUUUGAAGAAAUCAAACUACCACUGGGGGCUCGAAAGUUCGGUCAUAUGAUAACAGCUGAGUCAAAAGCAGGGAACAUUGAUGCUUGUGAGGAGAUUUUCAAAUCCUUUGUUCAGGAAACUCGAGAUGUGACCACGAUAACUAGAUCUAUUUUAGACCCUAUCGUUGACGCUGUAUGCGAACAGAGCAUAAAGGAAAAGUCAACAGCUUUCCUCGAAAAGCUAAUUGUCUACGCUACCUUUGCCAAAAAGGCACAGAAGUCGUUAACAUUUUAUGCGGCUUCGAAAAUCACUCACACCUUAGCCGAGCUAUCAAGGGUUCAAAAGGGUGGAUUCGCUUCUAAAGAAAAGGAUUUGGUGACUCAAUUGCUCGAAGAUGUGUAUGCCGUCAGAAACUUUACACCAGCUAAAAGAGAUCUAGACAUCUUGACUCAAAAUGCAGUUCCCUUACCAAAGGUCUCCAAAUAA